AUGAAGACACCAAUCUCCGCAUCGAAACGAUACGUUCAUCGCCUUCUUAAACCCCAUAAAUAUUUCACGACCACCCAUCUCCGCCGCCUCUCCGUUGCACCUGAUUCAACGCAACCACCUUCACAAGAAGAAUUGACGGAAACCGCUAUUACCCAGCUGAAGAUCACCGAGGAUUGGACAAGCAACACCAAUCUCCACUACCAACUCCUCUCUCUGCCCCCUCAAUCUCUCAUCAAAAUCGCUCGUCACCUCGAAACUUCAAAUAAAGCUCUUAAAUUUUUCCAUUUCAUUCAUGACAACCAAUCUCCGUCUCUUUCUCAACUACCGCUACCUUCAAUAUUCCAAACUGUUAUCGAGCUAGCAAUGCGUGAAGAAGAUUCAGUUCCCCUUGUUGAUUUAUUCAACCUUUCCAAGGAACUAAAGGUCCCCCUCACCUCCAACUCAGCAAUCCUGUUAAUCAGAUACUUUUUUCAUGUCAAAAAGGUUCAAGAAUCUCUGGAAUUGUAUAAUGAAUUAGAACCACAUGCGAAGAACACCAACGUGAAAAACACAUUACUGGGUUUGUUGUUGAAAUCUAACAGAUUUGAGGAUGCACACAAGCUGCUCGAUGAAAUGCUUCAAUCAGAUACUAAGUUUCCCCCCAACGAGACUACAUUAAGCGUUGUCUUUUCUGUGUUGCUUCGAUGGAAUUGUGGGAAAGAGGAUGAAAAAAUCCUUGGUUUGAUCCCAAAAUUUGGGAUACAUGGUGUGUUUCCCUGUAAUGUUUGGUUAACUCAAUUAAUCACUAGGUUAUGCAGGAGUCACAGAAAUGAUAAAGCUUGGGACUUGUUGCAUGAGCUAAUAAAGUUUGGCAAACUUGAAGCUGGACCAUGUAAUGCACUUUUAUCAGGGUUGUCAAGAGAGCGAAACUACAAGAGGAUAAAUCUUGUAUUGAAUGAGAUGAAGGAGAAUAACAUAAAGCCAGAUAUUGUCACCUUCGGGAUGUUAGUGAAUCACCUGUGCAAAGCCCAUAGGGUAGAUGAUGCGUUAGAUAUGCUUAAAAAGAUGAAGGAAGGAAGUGAUGGAAUCUCCAUAAAACCAGAUGUGAUUCUCUACAACACUGUAAUCGAUGGUUUAUGCAAAGUGGGUAGGCAAGCAGAAGGUUUCUUGUUAAUGGAACAAAUGAAAUCAGAACACAACUGUGCUCCAAAUGUUGUAACCUACAACUGUUUGAUAGACGGGUUUUGUAAAUCAGGUGAAAUCGAACGUGCACACGAGCUUUUUGAUCAAAUGGACAAAGAGAACGUUGCUCCAAAUGUGAUUACAAUGAACACUCUGGUAGAUGGAAUGUGUAAAAACGGAAGAAUCAGUAACGCGAUGGAGUUCUUUAGAAAAAUGCAAGAAGAAAAGGGUAUAAAAGGAAACGCAGUUACUUAUUCUACAUUGAUUUCUGCUUUUUGCAAUGUGAAUAACAUGGAUAGAGCAAUGAGACUGUUUGAUGAGAUGGAGUCUUUAGGGUCUCCUGAUGCACUUGCUUACUAUAGUUUAAUUUCUGGUUUGACUCUAGCUGGAAGACCAGAUGAUGCUGCUUUUAUUGCUUCAAAAAUGAAAAAAUCUGGAUUUUUACCGGAUCUUUUAACCUACAACACUUUAAUCGGUGGAUUUUGUAGAAAAAAGAAACUUGACAAAGCAGUUGAGAUUCUUAAAGACAUGGAAGAUUCCAAGAUCAAACCUGAUUCUGUCACCUACAAUACUCUAAUUUCCUACUUCACCCAAAAUGGUGACUUUGGAACUGCUCAUAAGUUCUUGAAACAAAUGGUAAAAGACGGAAAUGCCCCUACAGUAGUGACGUAUGGUACUCUCAUCCAUGGGCAUUGCUUGGCUGGGAAUCUUGAUGAGGGUUUGAAUCUUUUUGAGGAAAUGAUUAGAACAUCAAAAGUUGUUCCUAAUAAUGUCAUAUAUAAUAUCUUGAUUGAUUCUCUUUGCAAAUGUGGGAAAGUCGAUCAUGCUCUUUCAUUAAUGGAUGGGAUGUUAGAGAAAGGUGUUGCACCAAAUACUACAACAUAUAAUGCGAUGCUGAAAGGGAUUUCAAGUAGAAAUAGGCUGAAAGAUGCUGAAAGGCUUAUGAAUCAGAUGACAACUCAAGCUUGUAAUCCAGAUUACAUUACAAUCGAGAUUUUGAAUGAUUGGUUUUCUGCAAUUGGUGAAGCUGACAGGUUGAAGCAAUUUGUGCAAGGAUUUCAAGCGUCUUCUUCUGCUGCUUAA